AUGGCCGACGACUAUCCCGAGGCAGGCGAGAUUGAGCGCGACGUGAUCGCCGAGGAUGCCGGCCCGAUCGAGGCGGACGUGAUUGCGGCCAACAGGUCCGAGCCAGAGGAGGAAGAGUAUGAGGUGGAGGCUAUCGUGGGCCACAAGACGGAAAGAGGAAAGUGGAAGUACCUGGUGUCAUGGAAGGGAUACGGCUCUGAGCACAACACGUGGGAGCCAGAGGCCAACCUUGAGCAUGCGCAGGAUAUGAUCGACGCGUACAUUGCCACGCAGCCGAAGCAGGCUCCGAAGAGAGGACGACCUUCCUCAGGAACCCCAUCCAAGCCACCAGCUAAGCGCGGUCGUCAGUCCAAGGCUUCCCAAGCCAAGGCGGCUGUUGAUGACGAUGAGCUCACGUUUUCUGAUACCCACAUUGACCUGGCGGACAAGUUUAUGGAGAUCCCCGAUUGGGAGCCCCUGGUCAAACAAGUCGACUCGAUGGAGCGGGGUUCCAACAGCCAGCUUGCCGUGUACCUUACAAUGAAGAGCGGCGAGCGCUUUGCGCAAAGUACGGAAGUCGUGUACAAGCGGUGUCCGCAGGCCAUGCUCCGCUUUUACGAGAGUUUCCUUAAGUAA